GACCACUGAUUUGUGAUGGGGAGUGAGCCUGCUUUUGUCCAUCCCUCUCACCGGGUUGAUCUCCAGAGCAGGGAAUGGUCUGGGCAUGGCACUGUUUUGUCCUCACUUCCAGGGAAGAUCAGUUUUCCUGCCAUCCAGGCUGCUCCCUCCUUCAGCACCUCGUUCCCUCAGAUCUUCCAAGACCGGACGGACGUCCAGUGCCUCAUCCCAUGCGCCAUUGACCAGGACCCUUAUUUCCGAAUGACGAGGGAUGUGGCCCCCCGGAUCGGCUACCCUAAACCAGCCCUGCUGCACUCGACCUUCUUCCCUGCCCUGCAAGGGGCCCAGACCAAAAUGAGUGCCAGUGAUCCCAACUCCUCCAUCUUCCUCACAGACACGGCCAAGCAGAUCAAGACCAAGGUGAGCACUGCCCAGGGCAGAGGGGAGCCUGUGAGCAGAACCACGCCCGAGAGGGGCACACGCACAUGCACACGCACACAUGCCGUCGCCCUGUCUUUCCGGCAUCCGCUGCCGCAGGGAUCCGCCCUGCUGUUGUUAGGGGGUCGUUGUGUGUUUCCUCGGUCCUUGUCCCCACCGCAACAAAGAAUUGAAGGGCAGAGACACAGUAGUGAAGCCGAGUAAAAGUUUUAUUUAAAG